AUGAUCACCCUCCAGAACAGACUUAUCUACAUGCCGAAUAUCCCGCCGUUUUCACGGUCGGAGACUAUCGAUGAUUAUGCGGGGCAAUGCCGACCUGUGCAGUGGACAGAGGAUUCGCUAGCUACGGGUGAUGGGGUGAGGAUUUCGUUGGCUGUUGGGGCGAUUCCGAGGGAUGAAGAUGCACGGGGUGAUGGUGUGGAAAAUGGAGGGGAGGAUGUGGUGGUUUUGUAUUUUCAAGGAAACGCGGCUUCGCUUCCACCAAGAUUACCAUAUCUUUCAAAGGUCAUGAAAAUGGCAGAUAGAGAUGGUAUGCUCAGUGUUACAAAUGGACCAAGGAAGAAUAUUACCAUCGUGGCAGUCUCAUAUCGCGGCUACUGGACGUCAACGGGCAGCCCGUCGCAGAAGGGGAUUGAGCAAGAUGCGGAUGCUGCGUUGUCAUGGGUUCUGGAGAGAUACUUUCCUCAUGAUUCUCUGCGACGUCGACGUCGGAAACUGAUGAUAUGGGGCCAGAGUAUCGGCGCAGGCGUAGCUACUAAUCUCACGGCGAACUACCUGCACGAUCCGCAUGCAUACCGAGCACAGUCACAACCCGAGCCACAGAAUGAAAGCGUAGCCCUCUCCGGCCUAAUCCUCGAAACCCCCUUCACAAACAUGCGCGAUCUCCUCUUCGCCUUCUACCCCCAAAAAUGGCACCCAUAUCGCUACCUAAGCCCAUUCGUCCGCUCCCACUGGGACAGCCUCCAAGCAACACAACGCAUCGCAGAAGCCCCAGCAGACCACAAACGGCCUAUGAUCAUCAUGCUGGAGGCUGGUGCCGAUGAAGUGGUCCCGGCGGGUAACCCAGAGCAGCUGGAGAGACAUUGCAGAGAGCUGGGGUUGGAUGUAGAACGCAAGGUUAUUAGGAAUGCGCUGCAUUCGGGUGUUCUUGCGAAGAGGGAUGGGCAGGUUUUGGUUGCACAGUUUUUGAGAGAUGAUAAUACAUAG